AUGGCUUCCGCUACGGGCAUUCCCCAAGAACAUCCCGACACCAUCCAAGAGCAGGAGGAUGCGCCCCUGCUGCAUACCCCGGGAAAUGUUCCCCAGGAGAAAAACGCUGCUAUCUAUCAAAACCUCUUUACGGGCACAGCCAGUGCAGCUCAAGUUGGCAUCUGGAUGCUGGCCAUCCUCGUCUGGACGGGAAUCUUAUCUCAUCCCUUGAUAUUCUUUUCCGCUCAUCCCGUAAGUCAUCACCACAACUCUACUACGAUUAUCAUCACCAUUAUUAUCGCACUCCUCAACUCCGCUGCCCUCCUGCUUCAAGUUCAAGCCACUCUAAUCCUUCAACCCACCACCACCCCUCACCAAAAGCGCCUCGGAACCAUCAUCCAUUACAUCAUCCAAACCCUCAGUCUCCUCGGCUUCAUCACCGCUUUCAUCAUCAUCGAAAUCAACAAGGGCGAUCAUGCUCGCUUUACCUCCCCGCACGGUAUUCUCGGUCUCAUCACCUACAUCUUCAUCAUCCUGCAGGUCCUGGUAGGUGUCGUGCAAUAUUUCGUCCCCGCCCAGGUCCUGGGUAGUGUGGAGAAGGGCAAGAGCAUCUACAAGUACCAUCGCAAGUCAGGGCUAUUCGGCCGUCGUCCAUUCUCCUCGUCUACCCGACGACCAGACCUCAUCCGCCCGGCCACAGCCCCCAAACCCACCCCCGACAUCAAACACAUCCGCCAAAACCCCGAGCUCUACUCCAAGAACUGCGUCGACCGCAACUAUCCCGCGCACGCCGAACACCCUCUCAAGAUCCAGCAGCUGACUGACGAAGCGCGACGCCUCGACCAAGACCUCAAGACCCCGCGAGCCCGCAUCAAGGAACUGGAGAAAGCCAUCGCCAAAGUCGCCAGCGCCGCCAACAACGACACCACCGAACUUUCCUCCCUCCGCGCCGAAGCCACUCGUCUCAAAGAUGACUCCAACAACAUGUCCACCCGGAAAACCACCUGCACCGACGAAAUCCACCGACUCGCCCUAUCCCUCCCCAACCUAUCCUCCACCCACACCCCCAUCGGCGCCGACCCAACCCUAAUCAACUACAUCAACUUCGACCCCGAAUCACCCCCGACAUGGGCAACCCACCCCGACCCCAAACGCUCCCACGUCACCAUCGGCACAAACCUAGGUCUCCUCGACUUCACCAGCUCCGCCAUCACCACCGGCUGGGGCUGGUACUUCCUCACCAACGAGGGCGCCCUGCUCGAACAAGCCCUCGUCCAAUACGCCCUCAGCGUCGCCCGCCGCCACGGCUGGAGAGCCGUCUCCCCUCCCUCCCUCGUAUACUCCUACAUCGCCGAAGCCUGCGGCUUCCAGCCGCGCGACCAACACAACGAGCAACAGAUCUGGUCCAUCGAGCAAAACGAAAAGGACAAGUCCAAGCCCCAACGCUCCCUAGCCGGCACUGCCGAGAUCCCUCUCGCGGCCAUGCACGCCGGCCGCGACAUCCCCGCUACACAACUGCCCCUCCGGCUCGUCGGCCCCAGCCGGUGCUACCGCGCUGAAGCCGGCUCUCGCGGCGUCGACACAAAGGGUCUGUACCGUGUGCAUGAAUUCACCAAGGUUGAGAUGUUCGCUUGGGCGGAUAACCUCCCUGACUCUACUGCUACUACUACCAAACCAACUACUACCUCGGAUGACCUCUUCGCUGAGCUCCUCUCCAUCCAGACGGAGAUUCUCACCGCGCUGAACCUCCCCGCCCGCGUCCUCGAAAUGCCUACCUCCGACCUCGGCGCUAGCGCCAGUCGUAAGCGCGACAUCGAGGUCCUCUUCCCGUCGAGACUGCGUGCCGGGGACCUUGAGUCCGGCUGGGGAGAGGUCACUUCCGCGUCUAUCUGUACUGAUUACCAGAGUCGUCGGCUGGGGACCCGUGUGCGUGGCGGAGCAGCGAAGGAGUCGCGGUUCCCGCAUACGGUGAAUGGAACGGCGAUGGCGGUGCCUCGUGUGUUGGCGGCUAUUCUGGAGAAUGGGUGGGAUGCUGAGAGGGGGGUGGUGGUUGUGCCGGAGGUGUUGAGGGGGUUUAUGGGUGGGAUGGAGGUUAUUGGGGGGCAAUGGUGGGUGUGUAUGUAUUAG